AUGGCUGGUGCUUUAGAAAACGCUCGUAAGGAAAUAAAGAGGAUCUCCCUAGGAGAUAAUCUAGAGUCUGACUAUGGGUCCAUUUAUUCUGUCUCCGGUCCCGUCAUCGUUGCUGAAAAUAUGAUUGGUUGCGCCAUGUAUGAAUUGGUUAAGGUCGGUCAUGAUAACUUGGUUGGUGAAGUUAUUAGAAUCGAUGGUGAUAAAGCAACUAUCCAAGUUUACGAAGAAACUGCUGGUGUUACCGUUGGUGACCCUGUUCUCAGAACAGGAAAACCAUUGUCUGUGGAAUUAGGACCAGGGUUGAUGGAGACCAUUUAUGACGGUAUCCAAAGACCUUUGAAGGCUAUUAAGGAUAUGUCUCAAUCAAUUUAUAUCCCAAGAGGUAUCGAUGCCCCUGCAUUGGAUAGAAAGAUUACUUGGAAUUUCACACCUGGUAAAUACACUGUUGGUGACCAUAUUUCUGGUGGUGAUAUCUUUGGUUCCAUUUUUGAAAAUUCAUUGCUAUCAGAUCAUAAGAUUUUAUUGCCUCCAAGAGCUAGAGGUACGAUUACAUGGAUUGCACCUGCCGGUGAAUAUACGGUGGAUGAAAAAAUAUUGGAAGUGGAAUUUGAUGGGGUCAAAUCUGAUUAUUCAAUGUACCAUACCUGGCCAGUUCGUGUACCAAGACCAGUGGCAGAAAAAUUAUCAGCCGAUUACCCAUUACUAACAGGCCAAAGAGUUCUAGACGCUCUUUUCCCCUGUGUUCAAGGUGGUACUACUUGUAUCCCAGGUGCUUUCGGUUGUGGUAAGACUGUCAUUUCUCAAUCUCUAUCCAAGUAUUCCAACUCUGAUUCCAUUAUCUACGUGGGUUGUUUUGCCAAGGGUACUGAGGUCUUAAUGGCAGAUGGUUCAGAUAAGGCCAUUGAAGCUAUUGAAGUCGGUGAACAAGUUAUGGGUAAAGAUGGUGCUCCAAGAACAGUAAUCGCUUUGCCACGUGGUACAGAAACCAUGUACGAGGUUUGUCACACCACUCAGCACCGUAAUGGUAAUGAGAAGUUCGGUUUAAUGAACUAUGUUUGUUCAGGUAACCAUAAACUGGUUCUUCGUACACCACAAUUGAUUAGAACAACCAUCCACGAGUUAAGAGGUAAACAUUACACUAGUGUUACUUUCUUUGUAACUGAGAAAUCAGCCAAUGGGACAAUUGUUAAGCAAAGGACCAAAACCUUUCAACACGAAUUCCACGGGGGAGAAGAAGCUGCUACGAAAUUGGCUGCUGACUUUGCUUCAACCAUCGAUCCUAAACAUAUUGAUUGGGAUAUCGAGGCUAAGGAUUACAAGCAACUCGAUCAUUAUGUGAAAAAGUCCUCCUACCAAAUGAUUAACCCAGUUUUCAAGGAAUCUGGUAACUUGGCCAACAUCUUAGGAGAUGCAGGUAUCGAAAAGACUUUAGCUGCAAAGAUGGCUUGGUUGCUUGGUUUCUGGGUUGGGAAUGGUCAUAUGGAGACCGCUCAAUUUCCUGUUGAUUCAUGGGAUACUCAGUUAGUUGACCGUAUUUCCGAAUAUGGGAAACAUUUUAACCUAACAACCACUACUGAGAACCAUUAUCGUUCCAACCACGUCGAAAGUAAUAAAGAUAUCGAGAUAUUUGAAAUGAAUGAAGCCCAAAUUGAAGAAGCUGAACAAACUGGUGUUGUUGCUUUUGAUUCCAACCGUAAAGGUGAUCCCUCUGAAACUGAACUCAUUGAAGCUGAGAUUUUCAAUGAAUCUAGACCUAGUACUGCCGGUUUAUUUACUCCAGCAGCAAUUUCUCCUGCGUCUUUAGUGACCGAUUUAAGUGUUACCUUAAGAGGAACAGGCAUUGGUGGAGCUGGUGUUAGUAAGGAGAGAAACUUAAACAACAUCUUCUGGGAUAUUGUAACCUCUUUUGGUGUCCGUACUAACGGUCAAGGAUCAACCUAUGAAAAGUCUGUUCCACUUCAUCUAUCAUAUGAUGAUAUCGAGGUUCGUGAACAAUUCAUCGCUGGGUUAAUUGAUUCAGAUGGCUAUGUGAAGAGUGCCGACAACCGGUUCAGCGCAACCGUUACCACCAUUUAUAAAGGUGUUUCUGAAGGACUUAUCAGAUUGGCACGCUCGCUUGGUAUCAGGGUCUCUGUUAGCACAGAGAAGGAGCAUGUCGAUAAGAACAACGUUAAGCAUAAAUCAUGCUACCGUGUGUUUUUGAGCGGUGAGGCUCUUAUUGGUGUUCUACGCUUUUGUGCCCUUGACAGGAAGAGGACCGCGUUUAAAGAGUUCACGAGAGAAGCUGUCCCCUUCUACUUUACCUUGCAAGAAAAGGACCAAGAUGAAUACUACGGUAUUACUCUUCCUGACGAAACUGAUAAACAGUACUUGUUAUCCUCCUUGGCUUUGGUCCACAACUGUGGGGAACGUGGUAACGAAAUGGCAGAAGUUUUAAUGGAAUUCCCUGAACUAUUCACCGAGAAGGAUGGUAGGAAGGAACCUAUUAUGAAGCGUACAACUUUGGUUGCUAAUACAUCUAACAUGCCAGUUGCUGCAAGAGAAGCAUCCAUUUAUACUGGUAUCACAUUAGCAGAAUAUUUCAGAGAUCAAGGUAAGGACGUCUCUAUGAUUGCUGAUUCAUCUUCAAGAUGGGCUGAAGCAUUAAGAGAAAUUUCAGGUCGUUUAGGUGAAAUGCCUGCUGAUCAAGGUUUCCCAGCUUAUUUAGGUGCUAAGUUAGCAUCCUUUUAUGAAAGAGCUGGUAAAGCUGUUGCUUUAGGUUCUCCAGACCGUAUUGGUUCUGUGUCUAUUGUUGCUGCUGUCUCACCAGCUGGUGGUGAUUUCUCCGAUCCUGUUACUACAGCUACCUUGGGUAUUACUCAAGUUUUCUGGGGUUUAGAUAAAAAAUUAGCUCAAAGAAAGCAUUUCCCAUCUAUUAACACAUCUGUGUCUUACUCCAAGUAUACUAAUGCUUUAAAUAAAUAUUACGAUUCCAAUUACGCUGAAUUUCCAGUCUUGAGAGAUCGUAUCAAGGAAAUCUUAUCCAAUGCUGAAGAAUUAGAACAAGUGGUUCAAUUAGUUGGUAAGUCUGCUUUAUCUGAUAGCGAUAAGAUUACUUUAGAUGUUUCCAAUUUAAUUAAGGAAGAUUUCUUACAACAGAAUGGUUACUCUACUUAUGAUGCUUUUUGCCCGAUUUGGAAGACGUUUGAUAUGAUGAGAGCAUUUGUAUCAUAUUAUGAUGAAUCCCAAAAGGCUGUUGCUAAUGGUGCUAACUGGUCCAAAUUAUCUGAAGCUACCAGUGAUGUUAAGCAUGCUGUGUCUUCAUCUAAAUUUUUUGAACCAAGUAGAGGUGAAGAAGAAAUUCAUGGUGAAUUCGAGAAGCUAUUGACCACCAUGCAAGAAAGAUUUGCUGAAUCUACUGAUUAA